UCAGUUAAAUUAUAUAACAUAAUUUUCUUUAUUACAUUCUAGUUCAGUUGACAUUAACUAUAAUCGACAAUGGGUUCCAGACAAGUUUUACAGGUGUUCGAGCAGUAUCAGAAGUCACGCACUACGUUUGUGCAAACAGUCGCAGAACUUGCAAGCAGGCCUCAAAACAUUGAGACCUUGCAAAAUGCAGGUGUCAUGAACUUGCUGCGCCCACUGCUACUGGAUGUUGUUCCAACUAUUCAGCAGACAGCCGCAUUAGCUCUCGGAAGAUUGGCAAAUUAUAAUGACGACCUCGCUUUAGCUGUUGUCAAGGGUGAUAUUUUGCCUCAAUUGGUGUACUCUCUCGCUGAACAGAACCGAUUCUACAAAAAAGCUGCAGCUUUUGUUCUACGCGCGGUGGCAAAACAUUCUCCUGAGCUGGCUAAUUCGGUGGUAGAAUGCGGUGCACUCGACGCACUGGUAAUUUGCCUGGAGGAGUUCGACCCUGGAGUCAAAGAGAGUGCUGCUUGGGCACUUGGAUACGUUGCUAGACAUAAUGCUGAAUUGUCUCAAGCUGUUGUUGAUGCCGGCGCGGUUCCUCUCUUGGUUCUUUGCAUCCAAGAACCGGAACUAUCUUUGAAAAGAAUUGCGGCAUCUGCACUGAGCGAUAUUGCCAAACACUCACCUGAAUUGGCUCAAACUGUUGUGGAUGCUGGAGCCAUUGCGCAUCUAGCGCAAAUGAUUCUCAACAAUGAUGCGAAAUUGAAACGACAGGUGUUUUCUGCACUCGCACAGAUAGCAAAACAUUCAGUCGACUUAGCUGAAAUGGUUGUCGAGGCUGAAAUUUUUCCGGCUGUUCUCACUUGCUUACAGGACUCGGACGAGUAUGUGAAGAAGAAUGUGGCUACUCUUAUUAGAGAAAUAGCUAAGCACACCCCGGAAUUGUCACAACUGAUCGUGAACGCUGGCGGUGUGGCAGCUAUAGUGGAUUACAUAGGAAGUUCGAAGGGAAAUAUUCGUUUGCCUGGAAUCAUGAUGCUAGGAUAUGUUGGCGCUCAUUCAGAGAGCUUAGCAACAGCUGUAAUAGUGUCAAAAGGAGUCGAUCAGUUAUCAGUAGCAAUGACAGAGGAGACAGAAGAUCACAUCCUGGCUGCUAUUAGUUGGUCGCUAGGUCAGAUUGGACGUCACACUGCCGAGCAUUCGAAAGCAGUUGCAACACGUAACGUUUUCCCGAAGCUGCUUCAAUGCUAUCUUCGAACAGACGCAUCCGAGGAUCUACAACAGAAGUCAAAGAAAGCCUUGAAGAACUCUCUCCAGAAGUGCGUACAUCUGUCAGCUCUAGAGCCUCUCCUGCAUGAUGCCCCGUCAAACAUACUGAAACAUGUUGUGGCUCAAUUCAGUAAAGUUCUACCACAUGAUCAAAAAGCACGUCGCUUGUUUGUCACAAGCGGUGGCUUGAAGAAAGUCCAAGCCAUCAAAGCCGAACCUGGGUCAGCACUUGCUGAGUAUAUUAACACUAUAAACAACUGUUACCCAGAGGAGAUCGUGAAAUACUACUCUCCAGGAUAUUCCGAGACACUAUUGGAGAGAUUGGAAAGCUACCAACCAGUUGCUUGAGAAUCAACAUCAACUAAACUACAUAUAUAGAAAUUAAAUCUGUAUCGUACUAAAAUUUACCAGCAUCCUAAAGUGCUUUUUUUUAAAAGUACUGAACUGAUACUUCAUAUGGCAGAGCAAGCAACAUUAAAUAAUUUAUGAACUAUUUGCAUUAAAUCUUAUCGGGUAAUGUUGCUCAAUCUGCCUUAUAUAUACUCCAAUAGAGAUGGCCAUUUAAGUAAAAUGUAAAUAAAAUUUAUUAUAUAA